AUGGACAAUACCCAGGGCGUGUGUUGGAGCAAAUGUGAUCCGGAAACCAUGGAGCUAGUGCAUACAACAUGGCACCAGGGCUACGCAUGGUGCUGGCUGAAGGACGAUGAUAUUGGCGCCUUCUGCAAUCACGCAGACAACUGUCCAGUGGAUCUUCAGUGUCAGCGCAGUAGCUGGCCAGGGGGCGGCCGUUCGGCAAAUACACCCAUGUCCCUGCUUGGUUUCACCUUUUCCAGCAGUGGAACCGCGAGCGCUCUUGCGAGACCUCAAGGUCUGUGGCUUGAUUUAUACCACUUGUCUCAAGCCACUCCUGGCCUGUCCCUCGCAGUCAGCAAGGAUUCUACGACAUAUCGCUGGCUGCCUUCUGAUUAUCAACUCGGGUAA